AUGGGGGAGCUGUUCAGGAGCGAGGAGAUGACCCUCGCCCAGCUCUUUCUCCAGUCAGAAGCAGCGUACUGCUGCGUCAGUGAACUGGGAGAACUGGGCAUGGUCCAGUUCAGAGAUCUGAAUCCAGACGUAAAUGUGUUCCAGCGCAAGUUUGUUAAUGAAGUGAGGAGAUGUGAGGAGAUGGACAGGAAACUGCGAUUUGUGGAGAAGGAGAUCAAGAAAGCCAAUAUCCCAAUGGUGGACACCGGAGAAAAUCCAGAAGUCCCGUUCCCCAGGGACAUGAUUGAUCUGGAGGCCACUUUUGAGAAGCUGGAGAACGAGCUGAAGGAGAUCAACACCAACCAGGAAGCCCUGAAGAAGAACUUCCUGGAGCUGACGGAGCUCAAGCACAUCCUGCGCCGCACACAGCAGUUCUUUGACGAGAUGGAGGAUCCAAAUCUGCUGGAGGAGUCAUCGGCCCUGAUGGAGGGCAGCGAGGGGGGCCGCGGGGCCCCGCUCAGACUGGGGUUUGUAGCUGGUGUGAUCAGCAGGGAGAGGAUUCCCACCUUUGAGAGGAUGCUGUGGAGGGUGUGUCGCGGCAACGUCUUUCUACGCCAGGCAGAAAUCGAGGACCCUCUGGAGGAUCCCACCACGGGUGACCAAGUCCACAAGUCGGUGUUCAUCAUCUUCUUCCAAGGUGACCAGCUGAAGAACAGGGUGAAGAAGAUCUGUGAGGGGUUUCGUGCGUCUCUCUACCCCUGUCCAGAGACGCCUCAGGAGAGGAAGGAGAUGUUAGCUGGGGUCAACACCCGCAUCGACGACCUCCAAAUGGUGCUGAACCAAACCGAGGACCAUCGUCAGCGGGUGCUGCAGGCCGCCUCCAAGACGAUGAGGGUGUGGUUCAUUAAGGUGAGGAAGAUGAAGGCCAUCUACCACACGCUCAACCUCUGCAACAUCGACGUCACCCAGAAGUGUCUGAUCGCCGAGGUGUGGUGCCCCGUCUCCGACCUGGACUCCAUCCAGUUUGCCCUGCGCCGAGGGACGGAGAGGAGCGGCUCCACGGUGCCGUCCAUCCUCAACAGGAUGCAGACCAAGCAGACUCCGCCCACCUUCAACAAGACCAACAAGUUCACCUCAGGCUUCCAGAACAUUGUGGACGCCUACGGCAUUGGGAACUACAGGGAAAUCAAUCCAGCUCCAUACACCAUCAUCACCUUCCCCUUCCUGUUUGCGGUCAUGUUUGGCGACAUGGGUCACGGCGUGCUGAUGACCGCUGCCGCUCUCUACCUGGUCAUCCGGGAGAGUCGCCUCCUCUCCCAGAAGAGUGACAACGAGAUGUUCAACAUGGUGUUUGCUGGUCGGUACAUCAUCCUGCUGAUGGGAAUGUUCUCUAUCUACACUGGCAUCAUCUACAACGACUGUUUCUCCAAAUCACUCAACAUGUUUGGCUCUGGAUGGAGCGUCCGGCCCAUGUUUAACGCCAAAGGAGGCAACUGGACGACAGAGACGCUGGAUGGAAAUGCAGUGCUACAGUUAGACCCAGCUGUUCCUGGUGUUUUCAACGGGCCUUAUCCUCUUGGAAUCGACCCGAUCUGGAACAUUGCUACCAACAAGCUGACCUUCCUCAACUCGUUCAAGAUGAAGAUGUCUGUGAUCCUGGGUGUCAUCCACAUGCUGUUUGGAGUGUCUCUGAGUCUCUUCAACCACCUGUACUUCAAGAAGCCGCUGAACAUCUUCCUGGGCUUCAUCCCAGAGAUCGUCUUCAUGGCCAGCCUGUUUGGCUACCUCAUCCUGCUGGUCUUCUACAAGUGGACGGCCUAUGACGCCAGUACAUCCAAGGAUGCGCCCAGCCUGCUCAUCCACUUUAUCAACAUGUGUCUCUUCAACUACAACGACCCCACCAACAAGCCCCUGUACCGGGGACAGAUGGGGAUCCAGGUUUUGUUGGUGCUGAUUGCCCUUGCAUGUGUACCCUGUAUGCUGAUUGUGAAAACUAUGGUGCUUCGGCGUCAGCACCUGUGGAAAAAGCACCUGUCCCAGAAGAGGGAAGAAACCCCUGCAGAGAAUCUAGAGCAGUCUUUAGAGCAAACAGGCGUGUCCUCAUCAUGCACCGGACUCACCCAACAGGGCACGCAGAAGUUUGGAGGGGUGCGGGUGGGCAACGGGCCCACGGAGGACGAGGCUGGCAUCAUGGACCACGACCAGCUCUCCCAGCACUCAGAGGAGGGUGAUGAGCACUCAGAGGAAGAGCCGUUUGACUUUGGUGAUGUAGCCGUGCACCAAGCCAUCCACACCAUAGAGUAUUGUCUGGGCUGCAUCUCCAACACCGCCUCCUACCUGCGCCUCUGGGCCCUCAGUCUGGCUCAUGCACAGCUGUCGGAGGUGCUCUGGUCCAUGGUGAUGCACUUGGGUCUGUCUUCCCGCAGCGGGGGCGGCUUCUUUGGCCUGUCAAUCAUCUUCUCGGCCUUCGCCACCCUCACUGUCUGCAUCCUGCUCAUCAUGGAGGGCCUGUCAGCCUUCCUGCAUGCCCUCCGCCUUCACUGGGUGGAGUUCCAAAACAAGUUCUAUUCUGGCCAGGGCUUCAAGUUUGUCCCGUUCUCUUUCGAGAGCAUCCUGGAGGGACGGUUUGAUGAGUGAUCGGGCCUCAACCCCUCCAUCGUGAUCAAGCAGAAUCCCCGGGCUUCCCUCCUCUCCUCUCUGUGUGUGUGUGCAUGAUCCCAGCUGCAGCCCUCUGUCACCCUCUAGUGGCAAUCUGUGAAGUGUUGUCGUGUAUGAGUUGUACUUGUACCCUUGUGAAGAGUUUUUCCAUUGCAGACGUGCCAUGCUGUAUCCAUACUGUGUAUCAGCGCUGUACUCAGCAGUUGUUCAUGUUGACCUUUGUGUUAACAUCCUCUGUCCCAACUCUCCUUGAAACUUGGCCAUUAUCAAAUAUUACAUGCCAGGAUUUUAUUAUUUUGUGUGUAGCUGUACUGAAACAGAACCUAAAUGCCACCCUGUGUGUAUUCUUUGUCUGAAUCAUAGCAGAAACAUUUAUUGAAUUUCUCCUGUUCCUGUUUCAUACUGUCCACAAAGCAAACCAGGGAUUUUAAACAAACAUGAUAGGACUCAGAAAUACAUUGUUUAUUGCACAGAGUUUUGGCAACCUGUCACCUUGCCAAUUUAGAGAUUCUGGCAGUGAGAGGGGUCAAAAUUGAAAGAAAGAAAGAAAGAAAGGAAAGAAAAUCUGAUUUCUUGUCUGUGCUCUUUACCUUAUCUGGAGAGAGAACCAUGACCUUGUACCCAUGAAGUCGUUUUACAAGAUGUUGAUUUCCUGUGGUUGGUGGGGUUAUGUUCUCAGUCCAAAUGACCUGCACCACACUUCUCUUAGGAGAGGAUGGAGACACAAUUAAAUCAGCAACUCUUAACAUUCUGGGUGGAACACUUUUACGUUUACAUACCAUGUAGUACAAUUACGCAGUGAAAAACAAAGAUUCAUUCUGUGCAAAAAAAUAAAGACCAACUGUUUUCUAUUGCCUGUGCAAUCAUGGGAUCUACAGAUGCAACCACUGUAGAAGUUCCACUAUAAAUCACUGCUGUUGCAAAGUGGAAAUGUUUAAUUUUCGGAAAAGUGCAAAUAAUAAUCUGGUGAUGACAUCGAUAGGGAAAGGAUUUGAGCUGCAAUAUGGUGAACUUGUAUAAAGAAAGAAUAAAGGCUACACAGGCAGUCGGUAUUAGUGCAUUAAACAUGAAAGUAAGGGGUCUUCUGCUAUUGUUACCACUGUAGCCAUAAACCAGUGUUACAUUUAGAAGAUUUUCAACUGUAAGGCUAACACAUCCUGUCAGUGUUUUCCCAGACUGCCCUCCGUGCUGUGAUUUGUGACUCCCCCGCAGCCUUUUUGUGUGUGAACUGUGACAUGCUUUUCAAAUGUCAAGUCUCUUGGUCAAGUUAAACUGCACUGAUGAAAGAAAGUUAAGCACUGAAAGCAUAUUGUCCAUCGUGGAUUAGUGAAACUUCCAUUUAUUUGUCUGCAUAUCUUGUUAAAACUGUUAACAUUAUUCGAUCAUGAUAGCAUAGCCAUAAAAAAAAAAUGAAUUCACCUCCGAUAAAUCAAUAUUGAUGGCCUGCUGAAAUAGCUCCACAGUGAAACAUAUCCGUUUAAAGAACAUCCAAAGCGAGGCAGAGUAGCUGUCACCUGCUAAUCAAAACAAUGAUUGUGAAGUUGAUCUUUAUUUAUUAUUUUAUGAUAGUUUGUUAUUUUAUUGCAGUGAAAUCAUAUUUUUAUAAGUGGUGAGAUGAAAUGUGAUCAACUUGUGCAUGUAUUUGGAUGUACAAAAGCCUGCAGAACGAGAUGCCGUCUAAACUAGAAAAUGCAGUUGUCGUUGGUGAGUUACUGAUGGUAUUAAACAUUGAAACUGGUGACAUGGACGUCAAUGUGUUUGUGAUCGAUAUUAAAUGAAGACUUGGGGAUUCA